CGGCAAAACCCUUUUUGUAUUUCUACAAGCUGGCAAGGCAGCAGUUACGGAAAGCACCCCAAUUGUGGCAGAGGACUGGCUCUUCUUGUUUGACUUUCUGUUGCCAACCAGGCAGAAAUGUCAUCUCAUAACGCUAGAAGAGGAUGGACAUGAGCGCUGCUGCACAGUGGAGUCAAGGUGGAGGAUGUACCAGUCAACUUGAUUGACAUGACACACCGAGUGUUGUGGCAAUGGUGUCAUGUCUCCAGUGAUAUGGAUGGUUACCUGGUUACUACAGGCACAUUCAGCUGUGUGUGAUCUGCCUGCUCCAGUCAAUGUGACUCUCUCCUCCAGACAUUUUGUCCACCAGCUGAGGUGGGACCCAGGCUCGGGGUCCCCCAGGAGCGUGUACUACCGCGUAAUGAUUUUCUCUAGCAGGGGUGGCCAGUCUUGGGAGGUGGUGGCUGGUUGUGAGCACGUGGAGUCCCCUCUGGUGUGUAACCUGACUAAAGCAUUCUCAAGCCGCAGUCACACCUACUACAACAGGGUGUUCGCUGUGUCUGGGAACGAAGUUUCACCCCCGGGCAACCAAAGCGGCUUUAAACCCAUCGAUGGCACCAUCCUGGACCCGCCCGUGGUGAGUGUUAAGGCCUGCGGCAGCACUCUGUGUGUGAACCUGAGGCCUCCUGUGGACGGCUUGUGGGAUGUCUACGACAGUUUCCGCUACAGUUUAAGCAUCAGAAGCAACAGGCAUGGAGCUAAGUACUCUGAGGAGAUGAAGUCUCUGAAAGAAAAGAUUCUAAAUAACCUGGCUCCAGGCAGAGAGUACUGUGUCUCCGUCAGAAUAAGGGACAGCGAGGAGAGAAGCGACAAGAACUCUUCCUACAGCCAACCACGCUGUGCCUUCACAGCUGCCAAGUACAACGCAGGCGCAGAGAUCUCAGUGGUUUUGUGUUUGCUUGUGUUGUCUGGGCUGUUUACUACUACCCUACUGUUCCGCACUGGAUUCAUCUGUCUGAGACAACACCUUCCAGAAGUACUGAGCUCAAUACAACACCACGAGGAGAGCCUAUACCCAGUGCCCUGUGAUGAGAAACCAUGUCCCUUAGUGCUUCUCGUGCCACCAUCGCCCCUUUCAGGAAGCACUGGGAAGGACACAGAGAGUGAGGAAGAAAGCGAGGCAGAGACAGAGCGAAGCAGUGGGGGAGGACAAGGAUACAAGACACGAGGGAUCACUGCUGGUCGUACCUCUCAUAACCCCCUCUCUUCCUCCUCUUCCUCUAGAGCAGAGGUGUUCCUACACCCCUGUCUAAGCACACGCUCGCUGGCAUAUCCCACUGACACUCAGACCACCGCUGAGACGCAGUCCAACCGCCCUCACGUUCCUCUCUUCAUAACCAGCGACCAGCAGCCUGAAUCUCUGCUCAGACCUGAUGGCCUCUCAAUGUCUCUAUCAAACAACCAUCCACCGUCUGGACCCUCACAAACCAGUCAGCUUACAGAGCCAGCUCAAUGUGCCUCACGGGGACGGGACUUGAGCUUCAGUCUUUCCGCAGAGAGGGACACAGGGGGAUUUCAUCCGGAGGAGGAGGAGGAGAGCUGCUUGGAUGUCAACCUGCUGUCUGUAACCCUAGGUAGACAUGAGGAGAUGAAGGAUCCAGAACCCCGCGCUCUGGGGGAGCCCCCUGAGCCCACCACUCCCUUCCUGCCCUCUGACACCAAGUGUUGGGCCACAGAGCCUGCCAUAACACAGACGCACACUGCUACCUCUGAGGAAGAGGAGGAGGAAGAUGAGGAGUAUUUUGGUUACAUGAGGCGAUGAGAGAAGUAAUUUGUUGCACAAUUAACCAUUCCAUUUUUUUUUUUUUGCCAGGAGGUUUUUUUUAUUUGUUAAUGAAAGCCAUAUGGUGCCUACCUGUGGACAUUCAGUGUACUCUUCUAGCAUAAAUAUCAAGGUCCCAAGGUAGCCUGAAGGGGCUUCCUUGUCCUUCCUUUAUUUUUGUUAUAACCUUUAUUUAACUAGGCAAGUCAGUUAAGAACAAAUUCUAAUUUACAAUGACCGUCUACCGGGGAACAGUGGGUUAACUGCCUUGUUCAGGGGCAGAACGGCAGAUGUUUGACCUUGUCAGCUCGGGAUUCGAUCCAGCAACCUUUCGGUUACUAGUCCAACGCUCUAACCACUAGGCUACCGACUGCUCCUUUAUCUGCAUUAGGUGAAAAUAACUGUUUAUCUCUCCAUCAUAUUGCUUUGACUUCUCUUGUAUUUUCAGACCAGUUCAAAUUUAAAAGAGAAGAGCCAAUGUAUUUGCCUGACUACCCAGACUCCUUGCUCUGGCCAUAUGCUACGCCACGCCCACAGACAUUAGUUUCUUCUCCGCAAUGAGUCUGGAUCCGAGUACCUCCCCAACGAUUUCUAGAAUGCAAACACUUUCUAACCAUUCUGAUUGGUCCCAGAAACUGAUGGAUUGGACCAGAGCCAGAACACGUGGAUAAAGCGGCAUUUAGAAAAUGUGUCAUUGGGUUUUUGAUACUCUGAUUGGUCAGAGAUGAUCCAAUCGCUGAUGACUUUGUUUUGUACAACACCCCUCCUUUUAAUGUCAGUUUGACUGAAGUAUGUAGCGAACGACAGAACAGCGGAGUAUUUAGUUUGAGUCAUCGGCCAACCAAUAGUAUUGAUAUGGACUGUACUAUAUUAUUGCAGUUUUUUUUAAAGUAUUUAGACAUAGAAUUAUGUUGGUUUUUUUACAUCAUUAAAUUGUUAGUUUUUCCCAAUUGCUAAAACACAAUUUUGUAAACUAGGCUGGUUUUAUCCAAAUACUUAACACAAUUCACAAAACCACACACCCAAACUGCAAAAUGAAGCACUGCAACAAACUUCAUAUAUCAAAAUCAAACAUUAGCACGAAAUGGGCGCACACUUCAUUCAUAUUCCCAGAUGUUUGUCUAACCAACUGCACACUGUUGGGCAUAAUGAAAAGCACUCUCAUCUUUAGGAUGCUUUGCCAUAAUACUAUAAUAGUUCAAAUUCUAGAAGAUUCUUCAGAUUCACAGAAAUAUUUGCAGAUACACACACAUGCUGUUGAAACAUUUAAUUUUUCACCAAAACAAGUCAGUGCAACAUACGCACAGCAGAUAUAUUUACAUUGGACUGAACAAAAAUAUGAACCGCACAGCUGGUUCUGGCCACAACGCCUCGUCCACAUCACAGGCAAUAUCUUCCCUUGCCAGACAUCGAGGGAAGAAGUGCCUUGAGUGCCUUAUCCAUCCCUGAAUCGCACCCACAUCAAUCUCAUCACAUACCUGUUCCAUAGCCUGCACAAGAGGCAUGCUCACAAAGGGCUGCCGGUCCUAAACCUUCCACCGCCGUGCCGAAAAUAACUCUUCUAUGGGGUUCAGAAAUGGUGAGUAUGGUGGGAGGUAUUGCACGAGAAAUGGUGGGUUUGCUGAAAUGUUCUGCAGUUAGUGUAUGACAUCAGCCAUUCAUGAAGUAAACAGGUGUCACCCAACUGAUACACUAUGACAUGGGGUGUACUACAUAGUGUGAAAUAAGUGUUGGUUACAUACCUGUACUCCAGUCUCAAUGUCCGGAGGACACAGGCGACAGUAAAACGUCUCAAGUUGGGCUGCACUCUCUGUCCAGCCUCUCGCAUUGUCAGCGCAUGGUUGAUGACAUGAUCAACUAAGGUUGCUCUGAUUUCAUUUGAAAGUUGUCUUUGGCCAUGAAUUCCUCUACCAGCUCUACCUCUACCUCUCACUCUUCCUCCCCCUCUCAUUCUCACCCUUCCUCUUCCUCUCUCUGCAACGGCUUCCAUUGUUGUAAAACAAAAGGUGCUCACCUGUGGUCUUUUCAUGGUGCUUACUUCCUGAUUGAAGUGGUAACAAUGAACCAUUGAGGUGUUUGGCCAGGUGGCACAUGUAUUGGCCAAUUAGCUCAUGUCGUGUCAUUUUGAAUGGCAGUGUUUUGAAAUGGUACACAUGUGACUUUAUGUCAGAUUGUUGUGUCUUAUGCAGAGAACCGUGUGUAGUGCAUUUAAAAAAGUGUCAUUUUGAAUGGCAGUGUUUUGAAAUGGUACACAUGUGACUUUAUGUCAGAUUGUUGUGUCUUAUGCAGAGAACCGUGUGUAGUGCAUUUAAAAAAGUGUCAUUUUGAAUGCAAAAUGUGUGGAAAGCAGAAAAUGUCUUUAGACUUUUGGAGAAUUGAGAAGAGGUUUUGCUCCCUGUGUGUCAUUUUAAAUAAGUGUGCUGUGCAUGUCGUUUUAGUGUGUUAGCAAUGUAAAGUACAUAUUACCUCAGCGGAGUUCUCAAGUUGCUAACUUGAAUGUGAGAGCCAUUAUCAAAAGUUACAUUCGGUCUACAAGUACUUUGGGGUUAUAUUAUCGAUGUUCACAGACCGCAUUAGCCAGUAGUACUAAUGCUAACGGGCAAACGUCAAGGUCAUCACUGGUCAAGCUAUACAAUACAGUAUUCUGUACUUAUUCAGAAGGUCAACAUACUUUUUAGUGUUUAUGCGAUCAUCGUAGUAGUACUUGUUUACUUGCUUUUUGCUAUAUUGUAAGAAACAUUUAAUCUGUUAUAUAUUCAGGAAAAAGUAGUCCUUUUGAAGUGUGUAUUAUACAAAUUUUGCAAUCAACGUUUAUCGGUAAAAUAAAUGUCAUAUUUGUUCACGCCAAUUAAUUUUUUAUAAAUCUUUUUUAAAUCCUUAAUGUUGUAUGUAAUAAAACAUUUUUCUACCAUCUGAA